AGCUGUCUACAGUGAGGUUUCUAGAGAAGCAGACAGGGGGGCUGUCUCUACAAAGAGGGAAUAGGCUUGAGAGAACAGCAGACAAGGAACAACAGUAGAGAGAUUGAGAGACACAGAGUGAGAUAGAAAGAGAUAGACCGAGACAGCUUGGUAGUGCAGUGACCGACGGAGACAGACAUUUGGAUUCUAGCGCCCAUUCCAUCCCUGCUCCACUUCAAGCCCACCUCGCUCAGCUCAGCUGAGGGAGCCGGCAUCUUCUCAGACAUUCCGUAUCUAGGUCCUGAGGCAAGGGCUGCUGAAGCUGAGUGCUGCUGGAUUACUGGAAGAGGAAUCAUUGCAGUAAGAACUUGUGUGUGAUCAUGGAUGACUCCAGCUGUCACUCAGAAUAGAGUGUCUUCCUACAUCAUGGUACAGCAAAGGGGACACAAAUACCCAGCAGUUAUGGACAGCGAUUCAAGCCAAGAGGUUUUUGUGGGACUGGGCGCAGAUGACGGGGAGGACGCCUUUGGACCGUCACCCUCCAACAAAGACCCCAACUGGUGCAAGACUCCCACGGGUCACAUCAAGAGGCCCAUGAAUGCAUUCAUGGUCUGGUCACAGAUUGAAAGACGGAAGAUAAUGGAGCAGUGGCCAGAUAUGCACAAUGCCGAGAUCUCCAAACGCCUAGGAAAGCGCUGGAAACUCCUUCCAGACUAUGAGAAGAUUCCCUUCAUCAAAGAAGCAGAACGGCUCCGGCUCAAGCACAUGGCCGAUUACCCAGACUACAAGUACCGGCCCCGGAAGAAAAGCAAGGGCUCCAUGCCUGUCCGGGUCGGAGACAAGGUCUCCCUGAAGACAAGCAAGACCCACCCAAGUGGUCGCACAUCCGCCACGGCCACCAGCAGAGGUCUCAAGGUCCGGACGACUUCCUCCAAACACAGAGCCACAUUCUAUGGCAAUAAGUUCAAAGGUUACGACGAAGGCAUCAGCGAUGAUGACACAGUGGAUGUAGAGCUGGCUAGUACAGUGAAGAGCCAGACAGGAGAGCAGAGGCCAGCUUUGGGUGUUUUCCAUCACCAGCAGGCUGCCAUGAGCCCCAGGGAGCAGCAACCUCAGCUAGCAGCCCAGCUCAGGGUCAAAGUGUCCAGUGCCACAUCCCACCAGCUCGCCUCCCAUCUCCCCGCGGGCCUGUCCUCUGGCUCCUCUGUACCCCACAGUCUCCCAGAAUCAUCCCCCCGGGUGUCCUCUUCCUCAGAACCCCGGGGCCCCCUCUCCUCCACUGGACGCUCCUCCACCCCCACCUCCACCAGCUCCUCCUCCUUUGUGUCAUCGGCCUCCUCCGAUGAGGAGCUGGAUGAGGAGAUUUUGCAUAUAAUUUCCAACGCCAACUUUGACAGCAUGCCUAUGGACUGCUCCACUCUGGACAAAGACUUUGAUGCUGCGUUUCACACCAACUCAGGAUCCCACUUCGAUUUCCCAGACUACUGCACCCCGGAAGUGAAUGAGAUGAUAUCUGGGGACUUGCUGGUGCCCAGCAUUUCUGACCUGGUUUUCACCUAUUGAGGCUCAUCAUGACUCCACAGGAUUCUGGUUUACUGGCAGAAGAUUUGACCUUCAUUCAUAAACGCCUGUGGUUUUUUGGUUGUAUUAUUUAUUUUCCCCAUCCCCAAGCGUUCUUAUCUUCUGACACUUUCGUGGUUUCUCAAUCAAGUCCGUAAGUGCUAUUGCUUUUCUUUUCCCAGUAUGCCAAAUCCUGAUGGUCUGGUGUAUAAACAUUAAAAUGUUUCUCACUCAAAGCCUUUUUCAGAAUUCAAAUAUGCAGGCAUUGACAAGGAGACCAGGUACAUACAGCAGAGCAGACACUGAACAGAUGUGUUGUUUGUAGAGAGGGCAUAGGGCUUUCAACAGUCAACCUAUUCAGUAUUUAUUGUUUUCAGUGUUAACAGAAGCAUGUAGCACUACCAUGUCUUUCAUAUACAUUUGUUGUAUAUGAGCUGGCAUUAUUACAAAGUUCUGACAUAAUCAGCCAAACUCAACUACUGCAAAUCCCUAUUUAAAAUGGCAUAAUGUAGCCUAAUUCCUGAUUUUGGUCAUGUAAUCUACCAAUCAUCUGUAAAUAUUAACGGGUAAAAAGGGAGAUCAUCAGCUAACAGGAAUCUGCAGCAAUUGUGACCAGGCUUGUACAGUAUCAUCCGUAAAAAAAAAAAAAGCUUUGGCCAGGGGAAAAAUCUGCUGCAGACAAGUGCCAAGGAGCCAGGCCAUAAUUUAUUUCAUACCCCGUAAUUAGGAAACAGCACUUUCAUCGCCUCGCUAAUACUGCUGACUCCAAGACAUGGAGUAUUAUGUAAACAUAAGCCUUGUGUGUGUGUGUGUGUGUGCCUGAUUCAUUCCAGACAGUUGAGGCUGACCGUGGCGGUGCUUAGUGCUAAGAGAGCAGGGAUGUGUAGUGGACUGGGAAAAGGGGGACUGAAAGAGAGGCUGGGGGUCGAUGGUGGGGCCAAGGAGAGGAGUUUCUUUCACAGGGCUGUGCAUCUGUCCAUGCAGGCAGCAGCCUUUGUGCCAGGGUUCAGAGUGUGAGUGCGUGUGUGUCUGAGCUCCACUGAGCGAGCGUCUGCCCGGCCAGGGGAGUGCAAGUGUGUGUGUCUGCAUGGGUCGGGGAUGGGGUGUGGGGGGGCGUAGUGUAUUCAGGGAGAUGAGGGCCAAAGCCAUCCAUACACCCACCAGCUCAGUAAAAUGCAUGUCAUGUCUGCAGGCUGGCUGCAGCUGCCUGAUCAGGGCCGAUUCAGCAGUGAAUGGAGGAGAAAUCUGUGUCUGCCAGCUGUCCCUUCAUUGACUCUCUCAGGGAUCGUUUUGUCUAGAGGUCCUACUGCCUCCCGUGGCUUAUUCAUCUGCCCGGACCUGGAGAUGAACAGCUCCUUUCCUCCCUUCUCCUCCCUUCUCCUCCUUUCUCCUCUCCUUCCAUCUCCUUUUAUUAUUCCCCCUGUCUUUUAUCUGUGUCAAACAACCGUCAGGGAGAAGAGGUAACAGAGUGAGAGACUGAGCUUCUUUCCACUCCCAACAUGUGACCUUUCUUCUUUUCAUCCCUCUGUCCUCAUUAAUUACAUUGCCUGGCUUUGGCACCGCAACGAAAAGGACCAGCAUUAUUUACUUACUUUCCACCAGCAGCUGCUGAAGAGCCAGCAAUGAAAGCAGCACCAAAAACCUUCCUCAGUUCAUAUCUUACAUAAACUGAUGCUAAUCCCUCAUCAGACCAACCUCGUCAGAGCCUACCAGCUGCUCUAACAAAGGCUGUCCCAAGCGAAGCAGUCGGUAGUGUAGCGGACUGGUAAACGCAGUUCACUCACUUCUUUGGCCCAAAAGCAUUCAAAUUUUUUGCAGAAAGGACUGUAAUUUCUUAAUUUUUUUUAUCUCAACUGCCGAUCAGAGUUUACAUCUAUUCUUUUACUACUAUGUCCCUGGGUGCAGAGUGUCUCUGGAGCGGUCCAGAGAGCCUGGGAUCAUGGGGGAUGCACUGGGAGUUUGUUUUCUGUCCAAACUUUUGUUUGGGGUUGAGUCAUAAUGACUGUCGUACAGGGACCAUGACGAGAACUGGGCAGGGUUAUGUGUUGUGUUCCUCAACCCAUUCCCCCAGGAAAUGCUUGACAAACCAUUGCUUAUCUAAGAGACACUGUGUUUUAGUUCCUGGUGAUGAUGUUUAGAGAGUACUGCACCAUAACCGUUAGAGUCUUUAUUAGCAAAAAAUAAAUCAAUACUGACAAAAAAUGAUCAGGUAACUUGUUUCUGAACUGGAAGGUGGCUUCCCUCUAAGAUAUCAAUGGUAUGAUAAGAGAGAUGGUCCUGCUACAACCAGAGGCCUUUAUGAUACAGCAACACUGGUUUAGUUAUUUUGUUAACCAUAAGUAGGAGUUCAUUAAAACUAUUGGAAGGGCACCAUGUGUAAAGGUAAUUAAUCUAGCAAGAACAACAUCCAACCUCCAUCUAAUAGUGAACUGCAAUUAAGUUUUUAGACAUACUGCAUGUGUCCUAGUGUUAAGAACUGAUUAACAAUAUGCUGUACUGUUAAUGUGAACAAUUCAUUGGUUAGUAUUGAGGAAGUAUGACAAAGUUGACCUUUCCUGAAAUAAAUCUGUAUUCAGGGACUAAAUAGUUGAAAUUACAGAUGUGAAUUCAGCACUAGUUGAAGGGAUAUUUUCCAUCCAUCAGGCUACCACAUUAGUAGUUGACAAAUCUACAAAACCAUUACAACACAGUCUAAAGAAUCCUAUGGAACUGAAAGAUACUGACUCCAACACCAGCAGUCUUAAACUGGACUCAGGACAAUAUUAACAGCUUUCUGUGGAACUGUUCCUAUUAGUGUUAGCCAUUUCUAAUGUGCUGUUUGUGGCUGUUUAUUACAUCAUGCAUCUAAAAGAAAAAAUGUGUAGCUGUAUAAAAAUGUAUACAGCUAAAUUAUAACUUGUCAAACACUUGUUUAAAAGUAAGGUAUGUUUAAAUCAUUCAGGUGCAUUAAAAUGUAAAUAAAUAUGUAUAAAAUUGCAUUAGAAAAAAUAAUUAAAGCAAAAGGUUGAAAGGGGACACCCUUGACAAAAACCUAACCAGCAUUUCCAAUUAUUUAUUUAAUAACCAUUUUUUAUUAGGAUGAAACUUCUAGGAUAAUCUAAUUUAUUUAUUUCAUAUUUUAGAAAGAGCUAGAAAGUGGGCUGGACAUCACACAGAUGGGCUCCAGCAAAUUAGUGUCAGAGUGAUAAAUGCAAAAAGCUGUGGAAAAAUUAAGCUGGGCAAAAAUACCCAUCUGGUGUGCACCUCCUACUCUGGGAUGGCCUUUGAUGAAUAGCAUUCCCUGAGACGGAAAUACAAGGACAAUGCAAAUUUCAUAGAGCCGUCAGCCCCCCUCCCCUUAACUCCCCCAACCCCCAUCACAAAUGGGGCACACAAGCCCAGCCAAACAGAGUACGUCUGUCUGGCAGUCUGUCCCUACAAUAUCAUGCACGUGGCUUUUGCCACUCUGUAGGCCCAGACCAGAGCUAUAGGUCUCAACCUCAGGGCCCUAUUAUGACUUACCUUUCCUUUUAACUACACCAACCUGACCACACAACAGCAGUACUGGAAGGUCUGGCCUGCUGCACACAGACGUAGCCAAAAUAUGACCAUGAUGCCUCACAUACAAGUACACAUUGUUUACAAGGUUUUACAGUAAUAUAGACUGAGCUGAAUACAGAAUGUUUCCUCCGUUUUUUUGUCUUCGCAGCAAGAGUUUCUUUGAUGUGUUUACAAUGUCAGAUAUGAUUUGUAAUCUAUUCACCAGCACGUUUUUGGUCUUUGACAGGGCAAAGCGUAACAAAACAUAUCUCUGUGACUUAAAACCAAAUUAAUUAGCUGAAAAUAUGCUUUUGUUGAACUUUGAUUCAAACCUUUGUGAAACUAAGGAUAUUGGGUGUGUUGGAAGAUCCUUUAUCCUUUAAAAUGAGCAAACUGUUUAAUCAAAUCUAUAAGGCUCACCCCAAUUCAUACAGUUUAAGAUCUGCAUUGAUGAAUGUAAUUGGUCGGUAAGCAUUGCCAAAAAGUCGGACAUUCUGUUAAUAAUAAGUAUGCAUGUAAAAACAAACAUUAAAUGCCUCUGAAAUGGGAAUAAUUGCACCUCAUAUCACCUCCCAUGCAACGCUGUAAUAAAAAAAUUGGGGUAAAAUAAUGAAUGUAAUUUGGAAAUAUGCAUCCCAGUGGUAACAAAAUGUAUUGUCAUUUUGGAAAUCCCCUCUGCUGUGUAGACUGUUACAUUCCUGCACUAUUCAUUAUGGAUUAAAACAUGAUGUAUUUCUGCAAACAGUCAGUUGUUGUAUUGCAAUUCGAUAAAGCUAAUUUAAUCUGUGUGCAAAAUGGUUAAACAGUUUACGAUCUUGUUCAUCUUAGUAUCAUGUUUUACCAAUAAUUAGCAUUGCUUUAUCAUGUUUUAUGUAUGCUUUUUGUAGUCUGGUACAUUCGCUGUUCUAACAGCGGUUAUGUUGAUAGAAAUAAAAGCACUUUGUUGUAAAUAUGUACGUAGAUCUGAGAUGCCAUUCUCGUUUUGGGUAGAGUAAUCAGUGUAGUGACACUCCAUCACUGAAUAAACUGUUACGGUGAAUGUUGGA